GGCAGGAGGCAUUUAGAACAGCAGAGGUCAAACUUCAUCAGCGUGUCAUUAGAUUGGCAUUUUACGACUUCCAGCGAAGUAAUUUUAGAGCGAAACACUUCCGUUCACAGGGAAUUAAGUACAAUUGUUCGAUUCAAACACAUCUUAAGGUGUAAUAUGUGACAGGAUGACAUGGAUUUAGUCAAGCCUCUCCCAGACCAGCCGAAAGCCCAGCCUUAGAGAGGCCCACCAUGGGGGACUCGCUGCCCCGCGGUGGGGCCCCCAGGAAGGGGAAAAUUGUCAACCUCCGCAUCCAGUUCCUGGAUGACUCCGUCCAUGCAUUCCAGGUCCCUGUAAAAGCUUUAGGUAUGGCUCUUUGGGAGGCUGUGAUUCGCCAUCUACAGCUGGUCGAGUCCGACUACUUUGAUCUACAAUACGGAGACAAAAGUGGCCUCAAGAGCUGGCUGGACAAUGAGAAGCCUAUCCUUAAACAGCUACCAUCGCCGGACUCACCGCUCGAGUUCUGUGUCAAGUUCUACACGCCCGACCCAGGCUUGCUGGAUGAGUACACAAGGUAUUUAUUUUCACUGCAAAUUAAAAAAGAUCUAGCAACAGGCAGCAUGCAGUGUAGUGAGAACACAGCAGCCCUGGUAGCCUCCUACAUAGCUCAAGCGGAGAUCGGGGACUUCAUCGUAGAGGAAUACAUAGACCAUACAUAUCUCAAGUCACUAAACGCUUUUGUACCUCACCAGACAGAAGAGCUCCUCAAAAAGCUCAUGGAGUAUCACCGACAGCACAUAGGAGAAUCUCCAGCAGAAGCAGAAUCUAGUCUUUUAGACACCGCCAGAAAGGUGGAUACCUACGGUGUAAAACUCUGCCCAGCCAAAGACCACGAGAAUGUGUCUCUUCACCUGUCCAUCGCCCACGUAGGCAUCCUUGUCUUCCAGUUACAUACGAAAAUCAACACCUUCUCUUGGGCAAAGGUCCGCAAACUGAGCUUUAAACGCAAAAGGUUCCUCAUCAAACUUCACCCGGAGAGUUACCCUGUCAAAGAUAAGGGUGCAUCUGUUUCAUCACCGACAUUCAAAGAUAAGGGUUACUAUAAAGACACUGUGGAAUUCUUCUUUGAGAGUAGGGAUGAGUGUAAGAUAUUCUGGAAAAAAUGUAUCGAACAUCACGCAUUCUUUCGUUGUCAUACCAUAAAAAAGACGCCUAGAAACAAGACACGACUGGUCAGCCGAGGCUCCUCCUUCAGGUACAGUGGCCGGACCCAGAAACAGCUGAUGACCUACGUGAGGGAAACCUGUGUCAAGAGUCCCGCCUUUGAAAGGUCUGUCAGUGGGCGUAUCUCAUGUAGCCGGAGUGCCAGUGUUACACCUAAGAUCUCAGCUAAGGCGGGGCUCCACAACUCUACCACAGACACUCACAACAGCACCGCAUCCAGCGGCUCACACAUCCUGUCCCCGGGGCUUGAUGACCCGACCACACCAAGUCGCACAGAGACAGCCGAAGUCCACAGUGUGGACAGCUCGCUGUCUGGCAGUCGGUCACUCCCAUCGCCAAAGCUUGACCGCAGCAGAGAGGGAACGCCUGGAGCUGAGGUUGACCUUCCCGAUGACGAUGGUGUGGCUUCCCCAGAGAGCAGAGUCGACAGAAUCGACGAAAGAGAUGCCCCGCCCCCAUACCCUGGUGUGGGUCCAGUACAGCAGCAUCCUCACGCCCUUCGUCACACUGACAGGAAGUUAUCUGCCCCUGUCUUAGGUUCACGGGACACAGCCCCGACCAUGCCCAAUGAGAACCGUCUGUCACGCUGUGACGAGGUGGAGAACAUACCUGAGGUCGUUCAAGAAGAACCGUUCACAGAUGACAUUGUGUCUCAUCCACCACAAUUUCAGAGGAGUGCUACAUCGCCGUACAUCGAACACGACCUAGAAUCUCCACCACCCCCUCCCCCUCCGUUGGACCCUGAGGAGCUGGCCCUCAGUCCUCCAUCCUUAAGGUCUACCCCUAACAGGCAGCAGGACCCUGACUCCUCCCAGUCCAUAGACGGUCACGGCCCAAGGAGUAAUGUCAGCGUCCUAUCUUCCUCGCGCACAGAGGACUCCGAGGAUGAUCCUAAGCGCAAAAUUAAGCGACACCCUGCUGACCGAGCCUAUUACAUUGCCAAAGAAUUACUGAUGACAGAACGCACAUAUCGCAAAGAUCUCGAGGUCAUCACCGUGUGGUUCCACAAUGCCGUUAGUAUGGAGGGAGCUGUACCUGAGCCCACAGAAAACCUGUUCUCUGCCUUGGAGCCCAUCUACCAGUUCCACAGCAAAUUCCUCAUGGACAUUGACCAACGUAUAUCAAUGUGGGAAGGAAAAUCCAAUGCCCACCUGAAUGGUGACUACCAGAGAAUUGGAGACGUGCUCAUGAACAACCUCCCUAAGGCUCUGACGGUGUUUUAUAAGAAUUAUUUAGAUAAACAAGAGGGCAUCCUGACAGAGCUGGAACAUGCAGUCAAGAAGCAGAAGUCUUUUGAAAAGAUGUAUAAGGAAUUUGAGUCACAGAAAGUGUGUUACCUCCCCUUGAAUACGUUCAUUCUCAAGCCAGCACAGCGAAUCCUUCACUAUAAGCUUCUCCUGGAACGCCUAACAAAGCAUUACUCCAAAGACCACCAGGACUAUGCAGACUGUAAUGCUGCCCUGUCCAAGGUGAACGCUUUGGUGACUGAGUACAAGGAGCGGAUGAGAACACAGGAGAACCUGCAGAAGCUGAUGGAGAUACAGCGAGAUCUGGUCGGUCUGGACACACUCGUACAUGUAGACAGGAUUUUCAUUCGAGAAGGAUGCCUUCAGAAAUUUUCGAGGAAGGGAUACCAGCAAAGAAUGUUUUUCUUGUUUUCGGACCUGUUGGUGUACACCAGUCGGACAACUACACAUCUCUUGCAGUUCAAAGUUCACGGCCAGCUCCCUCUACGAGGCAUGAUUGUGGAGGAGUCUGAUCAUGCCAAGAUGGCAGUCGCCAACAGUUUCGCAAUUUAUGGUGGCAACAAAUGUAUAUUAGUGGCAGCUAGUUCUCAAGAGGAAAAAGAUAAAUGGAUAGAGGAUCUAAAUGAAGCAAUUAUCCAAGCCAAAAACAGGAACGAUGAUAAACUGAAGUAUUCUAGUCUGAAAUCCUCCACUAGUUCAUCAGAAAAUGUUGAAGGUGAAGGUCAGAGUGUGGAGGUCAAUGGAUCACCGCCUGAAAAACAGAUCCAGCACCGCGCCAACACCACAAUGCAUGUGUGUUGGCAUAGAAACACAAGUGUUAGCAUGCGGGACCACGACAAGGCUGUUAAGAACCAACUGAGUGGAUACCUGCUGCGAAAGUUCAAGAACAGCAACGGCUGGCAGAAACUCUGGGUCGUGUUUACAAACUUUUGUCUAUUUUUCUACAAAACAUAUCAGGAUGACUUCCCCCUGGCCAGCCUGCCUUUGCUAGGUUAUGCGGUCAAUACGCCUGAGGAAGAGGACAGUAUUCACAAAGACCACGUCUUCAAACUCCAGUUUAAAAACCAUGUGUACUUCUUCAGGGCUGAGAGCGAGUAUACCUUUGAGAGGUGGAUGGAGGUCAUCAACCACGCUACAAACAGCUCCCGUCGAGUCAGACUCUUCAGUAGGAUGGACAGCAACCAGUUGUCAUAGCACUUACAAUCGGCAGCCAAUCAAAACCUCUGUCUGCCUGUCACUGUGACACCUAGUCAAGUCGGCCAUAUCGUCGCCAAGCUGCCCACUCAGAGACAACUCUGACUGUUACUGAAAUACAUGUUUAUUAACUUGAUACUCAGAAACCAGUUCUGAUCUAUAGUAAAAAGAGUUAGGACUUCUUAUACUAUUUUAAGAAAAACCAGCAAUGUGGGUGAUUUUAAAACUAAUUUAAAAGGGUGCGUUAAUGGAAAUUUUCUUGAUGAAACCUGUUGUUCAGUGAAAUAUUGGGACAGUAUUAGACUAAAUGGUGCGUAACUGUUUUUAGUGCAGUAUUUUAACAUGGGCGUGACUGGUAAUAACUUCAAUGGGUUUGUGAUUGUGAGAUAGCUAUCUUUCAUAAUAUUUUCGAACAUUUGUGUAGAAAACUUGUUGUGUCUGAAAUCAUUCAUGAAGGUGAUACAGAAUUGAUUUUAAAUAUUUUCUAUAUGAGUGACAAGUGGAAAUGACUGGAUGAAUUUCAACGUUUGUAAUCGGUUAAUUGUUAAUAUAAUUACAUUGUACGUCUUUUUAAACAAAAAAGAAGAUGAUAUGGGAUUUAUAAGGGGAAAUAUUUUUAAUGUUAUUUUAAAUUAAUUAUGUACAUAUAUAUAUAUAUACAUGUAUAUGGGAUUUAUUAUCAGAGUAAACAUUAUUAUUCAAAUCCCCGUUUUAAAACUUUUUAUUUGGAGUUCAGAAAAAUAUCUCCGUGUCAUAGAAUAUCUAAAUAUUUACUACUGUAAUUUUACAAUUCAACAUUUGGGGUGGGGAGGUGGUUGAAUUGGUAGCAUUUAUCUAUUAAAGAUCAGACAAUCAAGUCUGACAUUGAUUGAGUAUUGAAUUGAAUCAUGUGAUUUGUGAUAUACAACUCAGUUUAGUGUUUAUAAUGCUCAAAGACACUGUAAUUAUUUAAAAAAUUACUGAAGACCCAUAUUAAAUUUUAGAAUGCUUAAAACAUGUUUUUCACACCCAAAUUAGAUGUCAAAAUGUACUCAAGACAAAAAAUGAAAUAUAUAGAAUGCUAAUUAUUACAAUUAUUACAUUUAUUUAAUAAAACCAUAUUCUAAAAAUUAUUAUCCAGGAGCCAGAUAAAGUUUUACACUACUUACCAUAUGUUUUUGCAAUAACUUUGGAGAUGUGGAAACAGGAGUAAAGAUAUGUAACUGAGCACAGGUUAUCCUGUCCUUUACUCGUUCACCCCUGAAAACACAUUUGAACUCUUCUGAUUCAAAAGUUGGAAUAGUUCAUUAUGAAAUUUCAGGGGUGAAUGAGUUAAAUGUGACUAGACAUAAAAUGAUGUACAUGUAUUAGUUUAUGAAACUCUCAAGACUUUUAAAUAUUAAGUGAUACAUGAAAUUUUCAAGAUUUCAUAUUCACCUAUCCUUGAACUAUGCAUAAUAUCUGAAUGCAACUGAUGAGAAAUGAAAUAGAUACUAAGGUAGUUAUAUAGUAAUUUAGCUGUAUGUUUAUGUAGCUGUGUGUAGUCAGUAUGUAAGCUAGGAACCUACAUAGGUUUAGUCUGUACACAUUCAAGUCAGAAUUAUUCGCAUCAUUCUGUGAUUUUCGUAAACAGGAUUGAUUAUAAUGUUUGAAAUUUGAUUUUAACAGUAAGGAAACAUAUUAAACUAGCUAAACAUGAUUGAUAUGAUGGUGUUGAAUUUUGCACCUUCUUUGCCAAACAUUUUUAUGAGUUGAAAGUUAAUUUCAGCCUCUAUAAUAAUUUUUUUGUCACAAUAGAUAAACCCCAAUAUAUAGAUAAACCCCAAUAUCUCCAAUACUUUAAGUCCGCCUCAAGUCGAGUUUGAACUUACAUCUCCAUUUAAAUCAUGUAAAAAAAUAAAUUUGGGAAUAGCCCCAUGUGAAUUUCAGAAUGUUGGCGUAAUUGCAGCUCAAUUCUUAGGGAAGAGAUAUGGAAGUGAAGACCAAACAAGAUAAUCAUGACUUAAAUGUUGGCCUAAAACUAUAUUAUGGUAAUUGUAACAUGUCCCGACAAAAAUGCAUGGUUCUUGAAACAUGCCUUAGAUCUCUUUAAUAUACAGAUUCUUGUUCAUACGGGUCAGAUUUUGUAUCUUUCUAAUAACUUAUUACUAACAUAAACCCUUAUCUAACACUUGGAAGCUUGUGGCAUCACCAGUACCUCAUACAGGUUACACAACAUUCUCCUCCUGUAGUCACGGUUUUCCAGUCAUAAACAAAUAGGCUCAUUGUUCAGCCCACCCUAUUUAAAAACAAUACACACCAGUGACUUAUAUGAUACAAGCAUGUCUUGUUCAUUAAAUUUAGGGAAAACAUUUUGUAUUAGUUUUACCAUUUUAUCAACUGCUAAAAGAUUAAAACAUAAAACCACUCUGAAAAGCAUCGGUCAUGCAGAACUUGUGUGUUGGUACAAUUGCAGUGGUUGUUCCAUUGUGGGUAAUUGUUCCAAAAGUAGCUGAUGCAUUAUGGGUAUGCAUCUCAAAAGUAGCAGAUUCAUUGUGGGUAUGUGUUCUGAAAAUAGUCAAUGCAUUCUUAAUGCUUGUCCCAAAUAGAGCUGAUGAAUUGUGAAUAUGUGCCCAGAAAAUAGCAUAUGCAUUGUGGGUAUGUGUCUCAUAAUUAGUUGAUGCAUUGAGAGUAUGCAUAUAGAAAAAGAAAUGUUACAUUAUGGGGUUGUAUUGCAUUGGUUAAAUACAAAAAGAUUAUUGAAACUUGCAUAUCAGUGUUUACAAGCACAUGUCGCAAACAUACAAUAUUUUGCAGUUGUAUAGGGCUAUUUUUUAUUAGAGUGUAUAUGGUUAUUUAACAUAAUUAGAUAAAUUGAUUUGUAAUAUUGCACUAGUCAUAUUUUUUUAACAAAGUACUGUAUACCCAUAAAAUGUUAAUUUUAUAGAAAUAUUUAAUCAUCCAUCACAAUUAUUGUUGACACGAAGGUAAAUCUGCUGGAUCACCUUAUUAUGAUGUAGACUACAAUGAUCUUUAAAGACAUCAGUGAAUUGAGCUGUAAACAUAGAUUUUAAAAGGGAGUUUGAGGCUAAAACAAAUUAAGGGAGUUUGAGGCUAAAACAAAUUCUAAAUUUCUAGUUCUCUUUACAUAGAGACCACUUGGGAAGGGAGUCUUCAUCCAUUGCUUAAAUUCUUAACAUUUCUUUUGAUAUGAUUUAUAUUUUUGUUGAAGCCAGAACACUAAACAUAAGACAUGGGAAGUUUUAGUGCGAUAUCCUGAAUUAGUUUGAUUGUGAAUGUUUUUUCUCUCCCUACGUCACAUGUGUUUGACUGUGCCUUACCCUCAGUGUAACAGCUGCUCGGUCAGGAUUUGUCUUUUCCUUCUAUUGUAAACCUUUGUUAUACUAGAAGCGGUAAAGUACAUUUUCUCAUGAUUGUCAGUCAUAUACUUUUUUUUUUUCAAGUAGGCUUUUUUUGCUUAAAUGAGUUUUAUUAAAUGUUAUGAAAUACAAUUCUGUUUUGCUGGAGGAUUAAAAAUUAUUUAAGAUAGAAAAUGAUCAUUCAGAUAAACAAACUAUUAAAACAAUAUUGUCUUCAUUUCAUUUUGGUUGUGUUCAGCAUAAUAUACAAUGCAUGUUCAAAUCUAAAAUGUUUAGUUCUGUUAUUGUGGUUAUCCUUGAGUUUGAUUCAAAUCGCAGAAAGUUUUUUUAUCUAAACAUACAUAAAACUCACUAUUGUACAACUUGAAAAUCUUCAAAGUGUGAUGUAUAUGUUCAAAGAUGCAUAUAUUUGAAUUUAAAGUUAGUGACACAUUCUUACUACAAAAAAGUGCUUGAUUUUAUAAUAUAUAAUUAGUAUUACCGUAAUAGUCUAAUAUACAGGUAUAAACAAGACACAUCAGCAUGGAAGAGUUGUCUUUCCCUGGUUCAGAUGCAAAUGCCAGGUUUUUAUUACCUGAUGCUAUAGGUACACUGGUUAGUGAAGAGUUAUCUUUCCUUGUGACUAAAUUUAACACAGGUUUGCCAUCAAUAUUGGUCAUCUUUUUUUCAUAAUUUAGAAAUAUUUAAAGUGUCCAUAUGUAUACACCGAGCACCUUCCUUGCAGGCCCUGGGUCUGUUAUUGAUGUAACAUUAAUAUGUACUGCAUUUCAUUGUUAAUUAAGCUGCAUACUUCAAGGAUACUAUGGUUUGUUGUGUAUACCGGUACUAGGAACCGUUUAACCAAUGUUAAUGUACAGUACUUAACAUGUAUAUAUCAUUUUUAAACAAUUUUUAAUGUGAAGCAUUUGUACAUUGUAAUUUAUGUGUUUAUUAUAAACAUGAACUUUUAAGUAUCAACUCCUGAAAGAAAACCUUUUUUUCAGUUCAAUUUUAAUAAAGACUGGCUCUUCAGUUUUAUUGCUUCUAUUACUUUGCAUAUUUAUUGUUUUCUAUCUAUGUAUAAGAAAUUUUUAUCAUAAUGAACUCCCCUUGAUGCGGUUACCGUAUGAAGGUGACUUGUUCAUGCGGAAUAUGUUGUGAGGUGUUCAAACCUUAUGCAAGUGUGUAUCCAAUGUUCCUUUGUGUGUCCUCAUGUCCUCAUCAAAUCCUCGGUGAACAUUUGUUAACUACCCGUUUACAUUAUUUUAGUGUGCAAGUGUUUGUGUGCAAUGAAGGCUAUUUACAGUCACAGAAAGAACGAAAUCAGAUAAGUCAACAAUGUGAAGUCUUGCUUUUGACAAAAUAUACAGAACAAAAAAAAAUCGAAUUGUCUAAAUUCUGCCUCUGAAUUUAAGCUGAAAUAAUUUUGAGGAUAUUUUGAUUUAAGAUGUUUGAUUAAUCCUUUCAUCACUGUAGACCAUAAUGAACUCAUCCAGAUCAAAGCAUAGUAGAGUCUACUAAGUUACAAAGGGGUGAAAGAUUGAAAAACAGAACAGGAAAGUUAUUAUUGGUGGUGUAAAGGCAAAGCUUAUUUCGCAAUUGAAAAAUGUGUACAGACUUAUUUAGAGUUGUAUGCUUAUUUUAGACUUUAUUAUUGCAUUUAUAUGUGCCAUUGAAUAUAAAAACAAAGAGAAUGCAAUAGCUCUCUUUCCUUGUUUUACAUGGAUACUUCAUAAAUCAGUCCUAAAGAUUUCAAUAAAACAAUACUUUAUUGAAAAAUCAUUGUUCUAGUUUAUAUAAUAAAAUCUAUGGGCUUCAAUUGAAAUCCAUAUAUGGUACAUAAUACAGCUAGAGAUCGCUUAACUUUGAUAUGAUAGGGUGCAAAAACGGAUUAGUCUAGUUAUCAGAAAAAGAGGAUUCUAUUGUAUGAAAAAUAUCUAAUUUAAGCAGUAAUUUUUGUAAGGAAAUUGAUAUGGAUGUUAUUUAUGUUAAAAAGGGUCAUUUCAAAUUAAGAUAAUGGGAAUUGAUCCUAAUGAUAACUGAGUUUGAAUUCUUUCAAUACAGCUUUAAGAUUUGACGGGUGGGUAUCUAUAUUUAAAUAAAAUGGUCAUCAGACUUAAUUGUAUACAUGUGCAGUCGAAUUCAUGCAAAAUUAAUCUAGCAACUUUGUAAAUGUAAGUGAUUGGAGCUAUAGACCAAACAAACGAAAAUAGAAAAAAGUAUUAUUAUAAUAUAUACACACUAUACAGUAUACAGAGAGGAAAUAUUUGCCCUUACUAUACAGAUUGACGGAGUUACUUCCCUUACUAAACAGAUUUUACGAAGUUACUUCCCCUUAACAUUGGUGCUGACAUGUAAUAUAGGUUAUUUAACCGUUUGUAUUUUCUCGUAUAACUUCUGUAUAUGUUAUAGUAUUUAACACUAUUGUCACAUGUGUAUCUCCUGAAUAUAAAUAAGAUAACCCCCAUCGUCCACUGGGAUGUCAUAGCCACACAUGUGGCUUAUGUAUGUGUGGUUCUGUCUGUUGGUGGGAGUGUACGAUAGAGGAGACAUCUUUUUAGCGGAUGCCUGCUGUAACAAAUGGCAUUCCUCUCAGAACCCCCCCCCCCAACAAAGAUGGCUUCUGUCAAUGUCUAUACCAUACCCUUUGGAUCAGUAUUUCUGUUUCACUUGCACUAUACUGUUCAGGAAGUGUCAGUUUAUAAUGUCAAAAUUUGUUACAUUUGCUCAAUACAUCAGUGUGGGCCUACAUUAAUCACCAUCACUAUAGAAUAUGUACAAAGAUUGUAUCUUAAAUCGCUUAAGUACAAUGUAUCAAGACCCUUCAGAGUUGUGUAUUGUUCCGCCUAAUGCAUAUACUUAUACCAGGAAAUUUACAGUGAAACUCUUAAGCAGCAAUCUUGAUAAUCGGGAAAAAUUUCAUUCCACACUUAUAUUUAGAAACUAGAUUACAGUGUAAGUAAAACGAUUUCUUUCUUUCUUUUUUAUUUUAUACUGAUCAAGACUUAGGCUCCAAUUAAAUGUAUUACAGCUAUAAGUGUACAUAUCACAUAGUGUACAGAUUUGAUGUGUACAUGUGUAUUAAAAAGUGUGGACUAUCGAGGUUGUUUAUUAUAUUCCCGUCAUCUACCAACAACAUGUUCCAUCAGUCUGUGUUAUGUACAUAUUCAUUUCCCUGUAGUUAUUGUACAUGUGAAGAUACAGUGAAUGAAAAUAUCCAGACUAACGAGGUUCCCCUGAACAUGCCUGUCAUCAUUCUACAAGAUUCACCUAUUUGUCUGGUGUACAUAUUCUGUGUAAUAAUUGUACAGUGAAUAUCUCCUCUAAAAAGUCCAUUUAGAACUAGUACAAACACCCUCUUAGUGUAAAUUAACUAAUUUUGUACACCUCUAGACUUAUCAUGUAUAAUACAGUAUGUACAGAUUUUGUACACCUCUGCUUCCAUUGUACACUUAUGUACUUGCAUUGUUCUUAUCAUAUGUAUUCAUGCCAUAUCAGAAACAAAGGUGUAGAAAUAAAGAAAAUCCAUCAAAUAUACA